GCCUUGACUCACUAGUACGCGAAUUUUCAGUUUUAACCCGAAAUGCGUCUAAUUUAGAUUUAGUUUUUGUUUGUUUUUGGCAUUGGCACAAUUUUCUUGAACAGGCGCGGCUCCCUUGUUUAGGUGCGGACUUUGGGCAUAAUCUAACAUCUACCGGACACCAACCUACUGUCAAGUUAAAAUCUAAAAACCCAAACUCAAAAAUGGAUCCUCCAGCGUGCGUACAAAACGCUAUGAUGACCAAAGACAAGAAACCUUUCACUUACACCCCGGGAGGUAUCGAUUUGUCGGAAGUGCGUUCUCCAAGAAUGCAACGUCGUAUCGAACGCAACGCUAAUUUAGGAGGUGUGUCCGACGUGCCCAGACCUCCACCACCUCAAAAUGUAGGCCCUUUACCACCAUCUGCUUUGGCUGCUAUGAGACCUCAAACACAGGUCCAAGUCUUUCCCGGUCCACCCCCAGCUCCACCCAUGCAAAAAAAUAUCCCACCCCCACCUCCACCGCCCACCUGUCCUCUUCCUACCCAAAAGGUGCAGACAGGCGCCAGCGAAGUUUUGGAAAGGCCCGAUAUGACGAAAAUUAUACCUGAAAAUCCGAUGUCUUUGUUGAGGAAAACCGGUGGUCCGACUCCUAGAAAGUCUUUGGUAGAGCAGAUGUACGAAGCUCAACCACCUUCACCGGAACGUCCUCAACCAAUUUCAACUCCAGUUCCACCACAACAACAAUAUCAACCCCAAUAUCAAGCUGCUCAACCUCAAUAUCAAGCUCCCCAACCUCAAUAUCAAGCUCCACAACCUCAAUAUCAAGCUCCUCAACCUCAAUAUCAAGCUCCCCAACCUCAAUAUCAAGCUCCCCAACCUCAAUAUCAGGCUCCUCAAUCUCAAUUUCAACAACGUUCGCCUGAGUCUCCUAAACCAUCACCCUAUCAGCCUCCGAUCAUUGAAAGACAAGCGACCGUGCCCAGACAGGAACCACCACAAAGGAAUAAUGUUGUUAGUUCAAAUGUUGGUACUUUGUAUAUUCCUCCAUUGAAUCAGCAGCAACAAAAGGUAGUUUCACCUCCAACCCCGCCGGAACGUACGCAGCCCCAAGUCCAAUCUCCAGGUACCCCGACAUUAAAAGAAGCCCCUCGUCCGUGGCAACAACGCAACCGCCAACAAGAGUUGCCAGCUUGGGCUAAAAAAGACGAGCCUCCAGCUCCUAAUAUGCAACAGAGAUGGCAACCACCAGCAGCAGGACCGGCUCAACAACCGAGAUCUCCGCAACCUCCCAAUACUUAUCCAGUGCAAAUUGAAGUUCGCACGGUUCCAUAUCAACCAGACGAAGUGGAAAGUAUUGAAAGGAAACCGAAUGCUGUUUAUGUUACUCAACCGGUUGUUUUGCAACAUCCUGGAACGAAAAUUGAACCUCCAUAUCAAGGUUCACAACCACAGCAAUAUCAACAGCAGCAAACUAGACAGCAAGUACAACAACAUCAAACUAGAACGGUUGAAACUGGAACUAGGAUUAUUCCUAUUCAAAUUGAGGGACGGACUCCUCCGACUACACCAGGAGAUAGGAAUCUAAAUCGUCAACUGAGCUGGGGUUCACAGCCGAGCCAAUCAAAUUCUUUCAAAGUUAUCCAGAAAUUCACCAGAACCGAUGACGAGGAAGAUGAAGAUACCCCAGUAACGCAACAUUCUGCAAGGUUCAAUCAGGAAAUGCCUGAACAAGUGAGAAGGAUGAAAAUUAAUGACAAUAAUGGACAUUUUAGACAAGGGUCCCAACAAAAUAAUGGCGGUAGAAACGUACCUGUUGAACCGCCCUACGUGCACCCCAGUGAACAAGUCGUACCUGAACCCAAGAAAUAUAUGGGAAGUAACAUCCCUAGCAGAUCUUUCAAGAUUUUACAAGCAAUGACCGCGCCAGCAGAAAAUUGUGCCAAUGCCAACUACAACGAAGAAUUACCUUAUAACGUAUUUAAUCCUUAUGCUUAUCCUUAUUAUCCUCCCCCUUAUUGGUCCGACUACUAUACUAACUUUUACCAAUCCGAACAAUCAGAUAAAAAUAGUGAAAAAGCUUCUACUAAGAGCGGAAGAUCGACUCCAUUACCAAUGCCAUACCCUCCACAGCAAUAUUGGCACGAUUUUUACCCUAGCAAUUACCCCCAAGAACAAUCUGAUUCAACUUCAAAAAUGAGCGAUAGAAGUUCGAAAAGUUCUAAAAGUGGACGGUCAACGCCGUUACCACCUCCAAUGCCUUUCUGGGGCUAUAUGCCACCCCCUAGACCAAAAGCUGAAAAUACAUUAAGACCUCAAACACCCAAAAAUGAAGAACCUGCUUACCAUUGCCCACCCAUGUAUCCUCCAUAUUACGAUCCUUAUUACUAUAGUUAUUAUUAUGGAUAUCCUCCAAUGAUGCCUCCAUUUCCAUAUUAUCAUCAAACAUCUGAAAAUGAAGAGUUCAACGGAUACUCUUCUAUGGACGAAAUGUCCAAUUAUAAUAAUAGUAGAAGGUCAUCAUUGAGAAGAAGAAAUAGUUUGGAUAAUAAUAAUAAUAACAAUAUUAAUAAUAGUGUUCAAACUUUAAGGCAACACUUUGAAGUUAGAAGCAAAUCGGCCACACCUAGAAUCACUAUAACUCCAACUUAUUCACAAGAAAAUAUUAAUGUGCCACAGGAAAACAUUUACAAUGUACCACCUGACGAGGCUGAAGAUUCUGAUACUGAAGUUGAAGGCAGUCAACCAAAUGGGCUUCGCUCAAUAAAAUCCGUCCAAAACAUUAAUGUAUAUGACGCUAGUGAUACUGAAAGCGAAGAAACUUCCAGUGAAGAAGCCGAAACCGAUGAUAUUGACGACGAAUCGAUUCCCCAUCAGCUAAGCGUAAUUUACGAAGAAAGUGAACGAGGAGAAUCUAGAAGAUCUUUCAGAUGUAGCAGCGCUGCUAGUGAAACCACUACAAUAGCUGAACAUCAAAGUGAAGAGGAGGAUGAUGACGACUUUUUAGCCAAUCAAAAUGUUAAAUACAAAAUUAAUUUGUUUCAAGAGUCUAAUCAAGGUUUCACUGUGACAGAAAAAAAUAAUGCGAAAGUGUUUAAGGAAGAAAGUUUUAGUUUGAAUGCUAUUGAAAGGAAAUCAUUUGGUGGGGCAGAAAAUAGAAGAAUUUUUACAAAAGCAUUUGAGUCUUUUGAACGAUGUGAAGUUGGUCAACAAUGUUUCAAAGUAUCCAGUGAGUCCUCCAAACGACUUGAUUUUGAGAAAUUAGAAAAUAAACUUUUCCAAAUGAACGAUUAUUGUAAUAGUAACAGUAGAGUGAUUUCGGUUAAUAAAGAGGAAAGUAAAUCUUUUGAUAGCUUUUCUUGCUCUAGUAAAAAUGAUGUUGAAAGUGGAGUAACUGUGGAAGAAGUUGAGAGUGAAGUAGAGGAUAACGCAGAGAAAUUGUGCAUCAAAGAAAAAGAAGAAAAUUGUGAUAAACACAAAGAGAAAGAUGAAGAUUGGUGGGGAGUGAUUGCAAACGACAAACAAGAUAAUGUAAAAGUCGAAGCUACUGAAUGUGAUAAUAAUGAGAUCAAAUCGAAGUCUGAUUAUGUGAUGGUUAAGGUGAAAGACGAGGUUGUGACUGUUAAAUUAAGAAAUAAAAAUGUAACCAAAAAGCUAGAAAUAGGAAAAGAGGAAGAAUUAUUUUCGCAACCUACUAGUACAAGAAAUAGUGUAUAUGAUGAGUUAAAUGAAGACAAUCAAGUUGUUUCAGGAGGUACGUUGAUGAGAGUUGAUAGUUUUGCUUCACAACUGGAGGCCCUUAAACGCAAUUCAGGCCUAUGGAAUUUAGGCGAUAUUUUAUCAAACAAACCAGAAAAUAUCAUUAAAGAAGAAAGUGUUGAUACUGUUGAUAGUGAAUCAGAACAAAGCGAACCAGAACAAAGUGAACCAGAACAAAGUGAACCAGAAGAACAAAGACUUACCAAUGAAGAAUAUACUGAUGAUGAACAAACAAUAAAUGUUGCUGAGCAAAGUAGUUUGUGUACAGAACCUCGUGAAGAAACUGCAAAUCUUAGUGAAGAAUCGGAAAUAGAUUUUUGGAGUCAAAUCAAAAACGACGAUGACGAUUUCCAACCGAGAAGACGAAGCUAUUAUCUAAAUGAAGAAGAGAAUGAUGACUCCAAUGAACCAAUAAAUGAUAACACUUAUGAAGAAAAAGUUGAUUCUGCUAACUCUAGAGAUAGUAGUUGUAGUAAGAGUCCCGAAAACAACAAAGCUUCUGAAACUGAAUCGUCAGAAGACGAAGCUGAAAUCAGAAAUAGUCGCUCGAAAUCAUUGGAACCGCAAACGAUAAAAGAACGCAUUGAAGCUUUAAGAAAUAGCAUCUCAAACAAGCAACAGAUAUCAACACCUGAUAAAGAAGACCUGAACAUAUUGUCAGUUAAGAAUAAAAUAUCCGCCAUUGAAGUUCCCACAAGUAAAACAACCUCAACGAAAAGCAGCAUGAAAUCGUUUGAUGAAUAUUCGGAAGAAGAAGAAUUAGAUUCUGGAGUGAUUUCAGAUAUAUCAAGACACAUAAGCGAUAAUGAAGAAUUUCCCGAACUGAAAAAAAUGACCCGCUACGAACGUGCUGCAACACACUCUCGAUUAUUCAAACUUCUUCAGGAUGAAUGUGAAAUUGAAGAACAGGAAGAAGCAACCGAUAAAUUUAGUAAACUAAGUGUAAGGCAAGUGAAGCAAAGUAGAAGCAAAUUAAGUUUGAAUUUAAAUACUGAUAAUGUCAAUGAAAAGUUGGUGGAAGAGUUAGUGCAAAGCCUACUGAAGUCGAAGAAAGCUCACAUUUUCAAAAAUAUGCCCAAAGAAAAACUAUAUGCUGCCGCUGUAACCAUAUUACAAGAAGGUAUUGAUACCAAUGAAACACCUUCAGAAGAAUUUAGCAGUCUUUUGUCACCUUUAAGAGGUGACACUGCAACUAGCACUCCAGCUCAAACCCCUCAGGAAUUUUACAAUGACAACGGCUACAAACAAUAUUACGAUUCGUGGAGCGAUGCAGCUGUUGACAUAAUGCCUUCAAAAGCUUUCAAGCUGUUGCAAGACCAUCUUGGUGCUAAUAAAUUGGGUAACAUUGAUGGUUUUAUGGCCAAAUGUCCUCGAAUAUUGAAGCUUUUAGAUGAAAAUAGUUCUGAUUGUUCCUUAUCCCUAAAUAAUCCCGAAUCGAACGACGUAACGAACACUUGAAAAUAUGACGAUAUUUGGAUAUUUGUGGAAUCAAAAUUUUGUCAGGGUUUAGGACCCGACCAAUCUGAUUUUUAGAAACUGUUAAUUUACGCAGUACCUACUUACCUACUGAAAACGAAUAUAGAUAAUAACAAAACAAAAAGGAAAAUGAAGAGAGUUUAACAGGCACAUUACAUGGGAAUCUGUUUUAAGUUUUUCGCUUAUAAAUACUGAUAUGCAUUUUUUUUUAUCCCUUUCGUUUCGUAACUCUAGGUUUUAAUGUAUAAUAUUGACUUUGUUAUAAUGUGUUACGGCUGGAAUGUUUUUUUUUUCAAAUGUUGAAUCUAACUGUUGAAUCUAAAUUUCAAUACGUUAUUCAAUUUUAAGGUGAUUUUGCUAUCUAUUUUUAUGUAAUAAGGCUUAAAGAUUAGAUACAGGCAAAACGAUGUGUUGUUUUUAACAAUAAUAAUUAAUAGGCUUUUGAAAAGUAGCUCAAAAUAUAACUUAUAGUUGUGACUGUAAAUAAUUUUAAAUAUUAUCGCGUCCGCCUAAUAUAUUAUUUACCUAAUUAUAAUAUUCAUAAUGGUGUAAAAUGUAUUUUUAAUAAAUAUAAAAAGUUUAAUAUUA